AUGUAUAGCAACCGCUCCCACCCGCUCCUAGAGCAGGUCCCAUUGACCGUCUCCCCCUUCAUCUCCCUUCCGGCGGCCACGACCUUGUCCUAUAACUACAAGGCGAUGCCCUCUGCCCUGCCGCCCUCAGCGACGGGCGUCCCGGCUGCCGUGACCGACGAGGCCGCCGCCUCAACAGACCCCUCGGCGAACAAGCCCAAGUAUGUCAUCUCGCAAUCUGGUCACGCCGCACACCCGGACGACAUCAUUGCCUCGUGCCGCGCACUACAGGCGCAUAUUACAAAGAUGCAGGAGGACGCUGAGCGCGACCUGCGGGAGCUCGAGGAGCGUAUUCAGGCGCGCGAGUUGGCUGAGAAGAGACGGGUUGCCCCAGGCUGGCUGGACAGUGACGCGAGGCUUCUCGAGCCCGAGAGGCCUGCCGGGUCCACAGAACCCGAUGCGCAGACCGCGGCGGAACACGCAGGCACGAGCGAGAUGCCGGCAAACGACCAGGGAGCGGAGCUGGAUAGGGUUUUUGGGGGUUUGAGCAUGAAAUGA